CCUCUCCCCGGAACCAGUGGAAAGCACCCGAUUUCCGAGGCCCUUGGCACCGCCCUGACGGGAGGAAAGUCCAUGGCAGGCACCAAGGGCUACUUGGCGUCCUACAUCAAGGAGCUCGAGGCCAACCCUCUGCGCACCAAGAUGCUCACGGCUGGUACACUCGCCGGAGCUCAGGAGCUUCUCGCCUCGUGGCUGGCCAAGGACCGCAACAAGCAUGGCAACUACUUUACCUCUCGCGUCCCCAAGAUGGCCGCCUACGGAGCUUUGGUCAGCGCUCCUCUGGGUCACUUUCUCAUCUGGCUCCUCCAGAAGCUCUUCAAGGGUCGCGUUAGUCUGCGCGCCAAGAUUACGCAGAUUGUCGUCAGCAACCUGGUGAUUGCACCUAUCCAGAACAGCAUCUACCUGGUCGCCAUGGCUCUCAUUGCCGGCGCUCGAACAUUCCACCAGGUUCGCGCCACCGUCAAGGUCGGCUUCUGGAGAGUCAUGCGCAUCUCCUGGCUCACCUCCCCCAUCUGCCUGGCCUUUGCCCAGCAGUUCCUCCCUGACGAGCUUUGGGUCCCCUUCUUCAACUUGGUCUCCUUCGUCAUUGGUACCUACAUCAACACCCUCACCAAGAAGAAGCGUCUCGCAGCCCUGCGUAAGAAGCACUACGGUGACACCCGCGAUAUGGGCCGCCCUGGUCCUGAGGACUAUCCUCCCCCUCCCCACAUGGGACCGAACCCC